AAUUAAUAGAAAAGCAUUGAAAAUCCGUCUUAUCCUUUCGCCUGCGGAAACGACCAGCUUUCCCAAGAUGUCCCCAGCCGGAAGCUCCGACGAGGUUGCACCUCUAGUGGGGGUCGGACCUGCGCAUCUUCGCUAUGCCAGAGAGCUUAGAGGGGGUCCGGUCUCCGGAGGCUGCGCUCCAGCUACUUGCGGACGCGCUCCGCGCGCGUCACAACUCUCCGCCGGGGAAACGCGCCGCGCCGACCAAUGGCUGGACAGCCGCGGACGAGCUCGAGCUCAUCAUGCGACGCUGGCGCGCACUACUGGUCGGCAGCAAGAUGGGCGAGAUCACUGUCGGAAAACGCAAAGCCGACGCGUGCAAAAAGCACUCCCAACGACUCAACAAGUACCUGCACGAGAACAUCCCGUCUCGAGUCGUCGAGGACAUCUGGAAUGUCACCGCCGCACAGCUCAGUCCCGACCCCGUGCGUGUUGCAGUGAUGGAUUGCACUGACCCCGACGAGAGCCAGCGCUCCGCGGCGCUGAAGGCGCGGAUGGGGCGGCGCAGAGGCGACGACUCCCCGAGGCCCGAGCGUCGACCUCGAGCGCCUCCAGCGAUGGGGGCUUUCCCGCAUGCAAGCGCACGUCAUGCCCCAGCUGAGUACCCUGGCGAGCGGCGCCUUUGGCCCGGCCGGAGCCGCCCCUCGGACAGAUUCCUGCCCGCUGGCGCCAGACAUCGCGAGCAGCGGCUCACGCCGUGCGAGCUGCAACCGCGGCAGUGAUGCACUGUGGAUGCCGCAAGCCGGAAAGGCGUGUGCGCCCGACGAAAGCAGGACCAGCGUCGCCCAUACCAUCGGCCUCCGAUGGUGGACCACCGCCUCGGGUAGCACGGGAGCCGUUCUCCCUCCGCUGACAGAGAGCCGACGCAUACACACCAGUCAGUCAAUCCCACCUCAGACUCCGCCCUCCGGCGAGGCUCGCACGGUGCUCGCCGUCUUUCCUCUGCGCGGCGCGUCCUUGCCGCCGUCGCCCCACGAGCGCGCCGUCUGGCACUUCGCCCGCAGGAAGGCGUUGGCCUCGGCCUCGUCGCGGCAGAUCUUGGUUGGCUGCGGCGGCUUGAGCGUUGAGCACAGAGAGCACAAAGCGGUUGGCCAGAGCUUGGUGUCGGCACCCAGGAGUUGAGUAUGACGGUGAUGCCCUGGAUGUACUC